UGGUGAGAUUGCAAGUGGUUAGUCUUUGGGUGACAGAGGAAACUGCUCCCUGACUGAUAAGCAGACAUUGCAGCAGAGAGACACAUGCUGUUUCAUAAGGAUACGCCUGAUUUCCAGAUAUAACCAUGUUUUUGUGGCUUAAACUCUUGGCAUUUGGGUUUGCCCUUCUGGAGAAGGAUGUUUUUGUCAAAGCAGGAGAAACAGACAAAGGAAGUGUAAAUGCUACUUUUCGUAAUAUCACUUCACCUUCACCCACGCACCUCUCACCCACCCACUCCAAAUCAUCCUCACCUGCAAGCAUCAUUGAAGGUCAAGCUGAAAAGUCUACUACAUCUAGUAUCACGUCAACACGCAGCUCAUAUACUACCACUCAUGCAGACUCAAGCUCUUCAUUUGGAACCAGCAAUCAGACACUCAGCAGCUCUGCUGCCCUUACCGCACACACUUCUGCUACCACCAUACAUAAAUCAUCAGAUUAUUUUAAUCCAUCACCCUUGCAUGCCUCCACGUUACCAUCCAUGACUCUUACUCCAUCCAGCAAUUCAACAAACAUGUCUCAGUCUUCCGCAGACAUCUCACAUUCCAUGGCUACAACUGCUUCCAGUCUCACAAUAGCACCCAUUCUAACAAAUGUUUCCAAAGUGGACUGUGGAAAAAUGAUCGCUUCAGUGGGUCCUUACGAGUACUUAAAGGACUCAGUCAAGGCAACAUUGAACAUUUCUGGAUUGAUAUUGAAAAAUUGCUUCUGUAAACCUGAGUGUAAUAUAGCAAACUGUUCCUCUAUUGAAAACCUCACAGAAUGUCAAGAAUAUAACAUUUACCUGGAAUUUAAGGAUGGAUGCAAUAGAAAUCUUUCAUUUUCUGUUCCACCUAAUACAAAAGAAAAUGAACUUGAGGUUCAAGAUACAACUAAUAUCUCUGUGACCUUAAAAUGGACAAAGAACUUUAAUGAAAAUUGUCAUUUGAAUUACACAUAUGGCUGUGGAUCUGGAAAUCUUUCUGGUGCAGAUGAUCAGUCUAAGGAACCUACUAAAACAGUGACAGAACUUUUACCGUACCACAAUUAUACUUGCACAUCAGAAAUAAUCUUUGCUGGUAAAAGAAUCGAGAAGCGUACAAAAGAAAUACAAACAGAUGUUGGAGUUCCAGGGAUACCUGAAAAUGUGACUCAAGAAGUAACUUCUAAAAGUGUAUCAAUUACCUGGCGUGGACCCUCAAACACAACUGGGCCUAUAGGUGGAUAUAAUGUGACAUGUAAAAAGGGGGAGUCUGGGAAUUUUAUCCUCUUUUUGGAUAAAGAAACUACACAUAACUGCACAGGAUAUGGGCCAUACGACACGUAUGAAAUAGAAGUGCGUGCAUGCACCGUGAAUAAGAAAAAUGAAAAUGUUACAGGAAAACCGCUGGUUUAUAAAGGGCGUACGACAUCAGCAAAACCAGAAAUCAAGUUAUUAAAACCAGAAUUUCUGUCAAAUAACGAAGUCAGAAUUCACUGUGUUUUGGAGAAACAAAAUGGUCCAAAUAAAACCUUUAUACUGAUAUGGGAGGGCAAAAACGAGACACAGAACGCAUGUAUAUUUAUAAAAAAAGAUCUUUCCUACUUGACACCAUAUAAUUAUAAGAUCUUUGCCAAUAAUGGACACGUUUCUGGGGAUCCUUGUUCUCAAACAGUAACAACAAAAUAUAAUUCUAAAGCCCUGAUUAUAUUCUUGGCAUUCUUGAUUAUUGUCACAUCAAUUGCCUUGCUUCUAGUUCUGUACAAAAUCUAUAAUCUUCACAAAGACAGCUUACGGAGUUCAUCUGAAGAUGUGGGGCUUGUGAGAGUUAAAGAUGAUGAAAAGCAGCUACUGAACAUAGAGCCCAUUCCUGCAGAACUGUUGUUGGAAAACUACAAGAGAAAGAUUGCUGAUGAAGGAAGACUAUUCCUGGAUGAAUUUCAGAGUAUUCCAAGAAUUUUCAGUAAGUUUUCAGUUAAGGAAGCACGCAAAAACUGUAACCAGAAUAAAAACCGUUACAUCGAUAUUCUCCCAUAUGAUUAUAACCGUGUUGAACUCUCCGAAAUAAUGGGGGAACCAGGAUCGGACUAUAUAAAUGCAAGCUAUAUAGAUGGCUUCAAGGAACCAAGAAAGUACAUUGCAGCACAAGGUCCCAAGGAUGAGACUACUGAUGAUUUUUGGAGAAUGAUCUGGGAACAGAAAGCGACAAUUAUUGUCAUGGUGACUCGCUGUGAGGAAGGAAACAGGAACAAAUGUGCCCAGUACUGGCCAUCCAUGGAGGAUGACACUGCAACUUUUGGGGAUAUCGUUGUGAAGAUAAAUGAAAUUAAAACGUGCCCUGACUACAUCAUCCAAAAACUGAAUAUUACCAAUAGAAAAGAGAAGACAUCUGGGAGAGACAUCACUCACAUUCAGUUUACUAGCUGGCCUGACCAUGGUGUGCCUGAAGACCCGCAUCUCCUCCUCAAACUGCGCCGCCGAGUUAACGCUUUAAGCAACUUUUUCAGUGGCCCAAUAGUGAUUCAUUGCAGUGCUGGUGUUGGACGCACUGGGACCUAUAUUGGCAUUGAUGCAAUGCUGGAGGGGCUAGAUGCAGAAGGCAGAGUUGAUGUUUAUGGCUAUGUUGUAAAAUUACGCCGACAGCGAUGUCUCAUGGUUCAAGUAGAGGCACAGUACAUCUUGAUUCAUCAAGCACUGGUGGAAUACAAUCAAUUUGGUGAAACAGAAGUCCCUCUCUUAGAACUGCAUACUUACCUUAACAACCUAAAGAGAAGAGACCAACCCAAUGAACCAUCUCUGCUGGAAGCAGAAUUCCAGAGGCUACCAACCUACAAGGGAUGGCGGACACAGAACACUGGGAAUCGUGAAGAAAAUAAAAGUAAAAACAGGAAUUCCAAAGUAAUUCCAUAUGAUUUUAACCGUGUACCAAUUAAACAUGAAGAGGAGAAAAGCAAAGAGAGUGAACAUGAUUCAGAUGAAUCCUCUGAUGAGGACAGUGAAAGUGAGGAAGCAAGCAGAUACAUCAAUGCUUCAUUCAUAUCUGGUUACUGGGGUCCAAGAGCAAUGAUUGCAACCCAAGCACCAAUGCAGGAAACAAUCAAUGACUUUUGGCAAAUGGUCUUCCAAAGAAAAGUCAAAGUCAUCGUUAUGUUGACAGAGCUGAAAGAAGGAGAUCAGGAACUCUGUGCACAGUACUGGGGAGAACAAAAACAAACAUAUGAUGGUAUAGAUGUUGAAAUGAAAGAUAUCAGCCAGUCUUCUAGCUACACCAUCCGUGUGUUUGAUGUCACACAGGUGAAGAGGAAAGAAACUCAAACAGUGUAUCAUUAUCAGUACCAUAACUGGAAUGGCAUGGAUGUUCCAGAAAACCCCAAGGACUUGAUCUCCAUGGCUCUAAACCUCAGAAAAAAGCUCCCAGAUAAGCCUGUCGCUGAGGACAACAGAUACAGCCGGAGUGUUCCAAUUGUUAUUCAUUGCCGUGAUGGAUCCCAACAGACGGGCAUGUUUUGCGCUUUGUUGACUCUUGUGGAAAGUGCAGAAAUAGAAGAGGUAAUAGAUGUCUUCCAAGUUGUGAAAUCUCUUCGGCGUUCCAGGCUGGGAAUGGUCACCAGUUUUGAACAUUACCAAUUCCUGUAUGAUUGUGUUGCCACCAUCUACCCUCCGCAGAAUGGACAAGUAAAGAAAAAUAGCAAACAAGAAGAUAAAGUUGCAUUUGACAAUGAAGUAGAAAAAGCAGAUCAAGAAGCUAAUUUGGUUGCUAUUGAUCUCACCUCAGUGCCGCCAGAAGCUAGAAAGGAUUCGGAAGCAUGUGAAGAUUCUAAAUUUGCAGACUGCAUUAAAGGAACAGAGAGUUCUACAAACGGCCCCACAACUCCAGUUUUAUAAUAUAUAAGUCAUGGUACAGAUUUCUAUAUGCAAAGGAGUUUAAAAAAACAGAAUAAGAAGCAGACAUUUCCUUUUUCCUCACCGUUUUUGAAACAGAUUCACCCUGGGUCCAUUUUUAGGAGGUACGGUAUUCAAAGAAUACUUGAAAGUUGUGGCACUGUAAAAGUUUAAUUUUCCUGUAGAUUUAUUUGCAUUUUAUACUUUUCGACAAAUUAACUAUUUUUCAUUUUUUUCAAGUUUGUACAGAAUAUUGAUGUUUCUAAUGAUAUUCUAGUUUUGAGCAUUGGGGAGAUGAGUGAUGUUACUUUUUCAGUCUUAUUUCUUGUUGCAAGGAAGAAAGUACAAUUUAUCUACAAUCAUAAAUAUGACAUUUAUAAAAAAAAUAUAAACUAUAAAAUUUCAGGUACUGAAAAUAUAAGUUGUCUUGUAGCUACUGUAUCUCAGUCCAAGGCAAUUUCAAAUGUAAGAUGACCCUGUAAUAAUCAGAUUCCAUACACAGAAAAUUGAUACAUUUGUUAUAAUUUUCCAUGUAUAUAACCUAAUUAAUGGAGGGUUAUUUUAAAUUUGUACCCCUCCUUCCCCCCAUUGCAGCUCAAAAAGCCGUGACGGAAGGCAGUAGGGGAGUCAAGGGACCUGACAACUGUUUCUGGACUCCUGUCACCUGUCCCCACACCACUUCCCUCUCUGGUCUUUGCUCCAUGCCCUGGCACUCAUCCCCUUACAAUGCCUGUCCCACCAGGUACCUGCCCCCUCACCUGUUCCUCCAUGUCUGCCCCCUGUGUCUUCCCCUGCAUCUGUCUCCACCCCACUCCCCAUGGUGCGUGCACCCCCUGGCACGUGCAGCCCUAGUACUUCCAUCAUCUGGCCUGACCCCCCUUUUCCUGCGCCCAAGCACAUACCCUCUGGCUUUGGCCCCCACUCCAGCCCUGGGCAUGGAGCACAUGGUCACUGGGCAUGGAGCUCAUGGUCACUCCAGCUCCCACCUGGCCAUACAGCAGCAGUUGCAUGCACUUCCCAGCUCUGUCCCCAGCUGCAGCCCUGCCCCCUACCCCAACAUUGGAGCCACCACCAUUGUAACUUCUGCUAAGUGGCUAGAGAGGGGCAAGAGUCAGCAUGUGCUCUGUGUCUUGGGCUGGCCAGAGUGGAGCCAGAGGGCAAGUGGCAGUGGGGGUGGGGAAAGGGGAGAACCGGGGGGUGAGGCACAGUAACUGCCCCUCCAUCUCUGACCCCAAGCCCAAGCCUGGAUUGGGGCUGGAGUGAGAGCUGCACCAACUGCUUGCCUCCCCACCUGUAUUCAAAUCCAAAAUAAGGGGCUUUCCCCCUCGAUGUUAAAUGUGGAAAAAACCUCUUAUCUUGGAUUAGACUAAAUAUGGUAAUUAUUUCCUUACCGUCUUCAAAUUGAUCUGUUGGGGAAGGAAUAUGAGAAAUUUCAAAAUGUUGAGGAACUACAACCUGAAUUAAAGUCACUGGGAGUUGAAGGUGCUGUGCAGAACAAACACAGUAAGUGUUGGCAAAUCUGUGGGCUGGCAUAUGUCAGCAUAGCUCCAUCAAAGACAAUAGAGGGCUGCCUUGGCUGAACUUCUUGCCCUGUAUCCUACUAAAUCUAUGAGGAAUGUAAGCUUUGCAUUUGUCUAACUGACCUCAAGAUGUCCCUGUUGCUCCACACAAACACAUCUGAGACUUCCUAUAUCACCCUCAAAGAAAGUUCAGCAUCUGAAAUACUGAAUGAUUGCUGAAGUUCUGAUGGACAGAAAUGUCAAUUGCUAUUUGGCAACUUAAGAAUCUGUUUUAAAGGCUUUUCUCACUCUUAUUUUCUGUUUAAAGAGAGCAGUCUGUCAGUGUUUUUAAAAUCUAUUUCCUAUACUCACCAUUUCAAAAUACUUGUACUAUCUGUACUAUUCUUCAAAAACAUUGUAGAGUUUAUUUAGUAGUGUUAUAAUAUGAUGAGGAUUUAUAUGUUAUCUUUUGAUAAUUAUAUUGCUGCCUUCGUGGACUUUAGUCUGUUUUAAAGCCAGAUUAAAAGGACAAUUAAUGAGUAAGUUGCACAGUGAAAAUUAUUAAAAAAUAUAGGCUUAUAUGUAAAGUUGCUUAUACAUUAAAGCCUGAAAGGGCUUGAGAAUUAACCUGUUUUUUUGUAGAUUAUGUAAACUGAUUGUUUUCUUAUACAUUAAGUAAAGGGUUUUGAAUUUCCCAGCACAUUCUGAUGUUAGUAGAAUAGCAGCAUUUCUUCAUUCUUCUACAGCUGUCUUCAUGAAAGCAGCACAGAUACUUCCAAAAGUAGGUAAAUAUCUUGACUCCUGUUUUUCCUCCAGUGCUCCAGUAUAUAGAUAUAUAUGUUCACACUGAUUCAACUAAACACCUUAAAAUAUGUGGAAAACUAUACCAAUAUCAGUCAAUAUGGGUACUUGAUUAAAGGACUCAUAAUCUGAAAGCUCUGGAGAUGUGCUUGGGUCAAAGAAUUAAAGUGUGAUGGGGUUACCUUAAUUUUCUAGUUGAUCUAGGUUAAAUGCUUCACAAGUGUGCACCUGAAAUCCUGUUUGGAGAGACAUCAGAAAGCAAGAACAGCAGAAAUUUCCCUGGCUGGAAAAUUGAGUAAAAACUCCGUAGCAGGAAACUACUUGUAAUUAAUUAGUUUAUUCCAGUCUAAUAGGGGUGCAGCUGUGGAUGCACAACAUUUACUGCAGAGCUAAUUAGUCUACUCCACAGUACAUAUCUUGUGUAAACACGCCCAGUAACUCCCGAAGCAACAAACACCUUCUUUGAAGGUAAAUAACCCUAAAGACCAAAAUCUCACCUGGUAUAAAUCCAGGUGGCUUCACAAGUACACCAGCUAGAAAUAUGUCCUCUACAUCCUUUACAUUUUCAAUUAAAAUUAAAUUAAAAUUUUAAAUUAAAUUAAAUAAGGGUUUGGACUGUAGAAAUUCUCGAGAAUUCUUGUUGGUUGAUUUUCCUUCUAAUGAUUUAGCAAUUGGUUCACAGUGUAUUUGCUUCAAAAUUGAGUAGCAGUUUUUUGAUCUCAUUUGUAUGGAUGCUGAUGUAAGGACAGAUUCAAAAUUACUGGUAUGUUAACUCUUGUGUAUUUCACACCUGCAACACUACCCCAAAAAGUGCUAUAAUGAAUUAUAUUAAACCAUCUCUUCAUUACUUUAUUCCUAUUUAGUAUCCCUACUCUCUGCAAGUCCAUACACAGAAUCUGAUGAAGUAGGCUCUUGCCUAGGAAAGCUUAUGCAUUUCUGAAUGAGUUAAUCUCUAAUAUAACACCCUGCCAUGCCUUCUGUCAGGUUUUUAGUAAAUCCUAGUGUGACAGUUUGAAGAAUCUAUGUACAUCAAAGUAAUGCUGUUUGAUAUUGGGCAUUUCCCAUAUGUAUCUGUGACAAACUGAAAAUUGUGUAUGUAGGAAUUAUUUGCUUCUCUGUUGUCUUUUUUCCUCCAUACUAGCCCAAAUCCAAUGAGUAGUGACAUGUGGCCAGCAGCAGAGGGUUGUUAAAUUUUGAUACAUGUAUAAUCAAACCUUUUAGACAAAGAAUUUUAACUACUGACCAAAGGAAAAGUUUUUGAAUCUGGACUCUUGGAGAAAUGUAAUUAAGCGAUGGGUCAUACAGUAGAAGUCUUUGGCUGAUGAAGCUGAUCAAAGGGUCACCUGAAAAAGGACAUUAGCGAUCUCUGCUCAUUAGAGAGAAAGACGGAGACAAAAAUUAGGUUACAGUAAUGAAAAGAAUCCAUGUUUUGCAUGGUAAGCUCUAUGUAUUAGAAAAGGGAAGAAGAAGGAUCCUAGAUUUGUCAGAGGGUUUGUCUUCAAAUCAAAGAAUGCUCAAGAGCAGAUAGAAAACAGUCCAGGAAAUGAAUGUAAGGACAACUCAGUCAUUCAAACCUAUCUUAUUAAGUGGUGCUAUUUUCAAAUCCACUACCUUGCUCUUCUCUGCUGAGAAAGAGGCUAAUUAGCCCAAAUUGCCUUCAGAACAUUUGCCAUUGCUUCUGGUACAGGAGAUAGCAUAUGCAGGGCAGGCUAGCGUGUUUGACAAUACCACUGCCUGGCAUGGUGAGUUUGCAGUGCUGAUAUAUCUUAAAUGUUUUGCUUUGUCUAGAUCUUUAUAUUAUUUGUAAUUUUUAACAUAGAUAAUAUUACAUUAAAAAAAAAACAACUUUGCAAGGCCUGUGCUUCAACUACCAUGUAUCUCAAGAGAAGCAGAUACCAAAUAAGAGUGCCUACAAUGUUGGAGCUCUGGGGUGAGAAGGAAGUUCUUUCUUACUUAA